AUGAUAACUGUGCCAGUUCAGGAGAGAUCCUCCGUUAUUUCGAGCAAGCUGGGGUGCUCUCAGAGUAAUGAGAAAGAACAAGAACAAAGCGAACUCGUCGAAAUGGGAAGAUAUAUCAAAAAUCCCUACGUAGGUAAGGAAGCCACUGCUUCACAAGAAGUAACUGAAGAGUGGUUAGAAAGAGCCGUGAAAACAGUUGCUGAUCAAAUUAUCAACAGACAAAUUGACGAUGAGGAGAUGCAGGAUGUUGGUCCUUACACCGGACUAUCUGGAGUUGCAUUUGCUCUGAACAAAGCGUCACCAAUAGUGGGUUCGACUGCAAGAUCCACUGCUGAAGAGUGUUGGCGCUAUUGCGAGCGAGGGUCGAGGAGAUCAUCAUCAAGACAGGCACGUUUCCUGUGUGGCGAUCUUGGACUCUAUGUUACUCAGAUGGGCGAACCAGAUCAACGGCAAGCUCUUGUCUCGAAGAUUGAAAAGCUUGCUGAUGUUCUUGCAAAGGAGGAUUAUCCGAGUGAUGAGAUCUUGGUUGGACGUGCUGGCUUCCUCAGCGGUGUUUUAUGGAUUAGGAAAACUAUCGGACCUUCUCUUAUAUCUAACAGUUGCAUCCAAAAAGUAUUGUCGGCCAUGACGCUUUCUGGUAGAAGGUAUUCUUUACAACGGAAAUCUCCAUGUCCACUAAUGUAUGAAUAUCAUGGUACUGAGUACCUCGGAGCUGCCCAUGGGCUUGCUGGGAUUUUGCAGAUGGCAUUGGGUUUUUAUGAUCUUCUGUCGGAUUCCGAAGAGCGUGCAGUUCAUGAGAGCGCUGACUGGUUGAUUUCUACGCAAGAUGACGAGGGGAACUUCGCGAGCAGCGUUAAAUGGAUUGGGAGAGAAAGAGGUGACGACCAGUUAGUUCAUUGGUGUCAUGGAGCACCUGGCGUCAUACUUUUAUGCUUGACGAUGUGGAAACGUUAUGGAGAUCAGAAAUACUUUAAGGCUGCGCUACAUGCCGGCGAACUCAUCUGGAACAAAGGUGUGCUAAAGAAGGGACCCGGAAUAUGUCAUGGUGUUGGAGGGAACGGUUAUGCACUUCUCAUGUUGUAUCGUGCAUCCGGUGAUGAGGAAUGGUUGCAACGAGCACGAUGUUUUGCACUGAUGCUACUGGACAGGAAUAUUCGAGCUUUGCAAAGAACUCCAGACUCACCUUUCAGCUUAUUUGAAGGUUUAUCAGGGGCACUUUGUUUCCUUGUCGAUCUCAUGCCUGAAAACAUCGACAAAGCCCAGUUUCCACUAUAUCCAGUUCCAUUUUAA